UUGCUUUCGUGGCUAGCGCUUGCCCUGACCCUCCUCGGGUCCCAGUGGUUUUGCCCCUCAAGGCCUAUGGAGAACCGGAAGUGUUAACCCCCUCCACCGGCGCGCCGCCUUUCCCGUGCCUCUUUCCUUCCCUGAGGUUUCUUUGGGUGGGAAUCCGAGGGGCGCCCGAGCGGUUGCCAUGGAGACGGGGCUGCUGCUGGGUCUCCUGCUGGGCCUGUGCGGCCUAGUCGGGCUGUGGAGCCUGGCGGGGGCUGAGGUCGCCAACGCCACCAGCCCGCGGCCCCCCAACCUGGUCCUGCUGCUCAUGGACGAUAUGGGCUGGGGUGACUUAGGUGUGUUUGGGCAUCCUUCCAAAGAAACACCCAACUUAGACCAGAUGGCUGCAGAAGGAAUGCUUUUCCCGAAUUUCUACACGGCCAACCCUCUCUGUUCUCCAUCAAGAGCGGCACUCCUAACAGGCCGUCUGCCGAUCAGGAAUGGCUUCUACACCACAAACGCCCACGCCAGAAACGCCUAUACCCCCCAAGACAUCACAGGGGGCAUCCCCGAUGCCGAGCUGCUCCUUCCAGAAUUGCUGAAGAAAGCAGGUUACGUCAACAAGAUAGUGGGCAAAUGGCACCUGGGCCACCAGUCGCAGUUCCACCCCUUGAGGCAUGGAUUCGAUGAGUGGUUUGGAUCCCCGAACUGCCACUUUGGACCUUACGACAACAAAGAGAUUCCGAACAUCCCCUUUUAUAGGGACUGGGAAAUGAUUGGCAGGUAUUACGAAGACGUAAAAAUUGACCGUAAGACUGGGGAAGCAAAUUUAACUCAGAUGUACUUGCAGGAAGCACUUGAUUUCAUUAGCGCACAGCACGCCAAGCAACAGCCGUUCUUUCUGUAUUGGGCAAUCGAUGCCACUCACGCGCCUGUGUAUGCCUCCAGGGAGUUCUUGGGCACCAGCCAGCGAGGGCUGUAUGGCGAUGCAGUGCGAGAAAUUGACAGCAGCGUUGGGAAAAUACUGAGCUCUCUUCGAAAUCUGGGCAUAAGCGAGAACACUUUUGUGUUUUUUACGUCUGACAAUGGUGCUGCCCUCAUUUCGGCACCUCAGCAAGCGGGUAGCAACGGUCCUUUCCUGUGCGGCAAGCAGACGACCUUUGAAGGUGGCAUGAGGGAACCGGCCAUCGCCUGGUGGCCAGGACACAUACCAGCUGGACAGGUGAGCCACCAGCUGUCUAGCGUGAUGGAUCUCUUCAGCACCGGCCUGGCUCUGGCAGGAUUGGAGCCUCCCAGUGACAGGCAGAUCGACGGCAUCAACCUUUUGCCUGCCAUCCUGCAAGGCAAGUUAAUUGACAGGACCAUAUUUUAUUACCGUGGCAACGAGAUGAUGGCGGUACGUGUUGGACUUUACAAGGCUCAUUACUGGACCUGGAGCAAUUCUUGGGAGCAAUUCAGCCAGGGCAUUGACUUCUGCCCAGGACAGAAUGUUUCUGGCGUGACAACCCACAACCAAGAGGAACACUCCAAACUUCCCCUGCUGUUCCACCUGGGGAGGGACCCCGGAGAGAAGUUUCCCAUCAGCUUUUCAAGCGAUGAAUACCAAGAAGUGAUGGGAAGAAUCUCGCCCAUCGUCAAGCAGCACCAGGAGACGCUGAUUCCGGGGCAGCCUCAGCUCAAUGUCUGUGACAAGGCGGUCAUGGACCUAAGACUACUUGCAAAAUUGUUAAAAACAGAUUAGGCUAAAAACUGCAGCAGGAUGUGUACGGUCAGGGUCAGAGGGUCAAAGGCUGGAUGACAGAGGCUGGGUGACAAGAGCUUCCUCUGGGGUGUCUCCAAUGAAUGCUAUUCUUCCGUUUCUGGGUCUGACUGGUCACCUUGCCUGGCCUCCGGACGGGAUUUCUGUUGUGGAGCCGGGGCACAGAGUUCUCCUCCUUCCUGACAUUGGCUCUCCUCUACAAAACUGGAGCAUGGCUGGACGAUUCCAGCUAACCGUAGAGGCUCACUUCCCCUCCUCGGUGUCGCCAUGCAAAUGCCUUCUAAUCCAUCAAUUGGCGGGCUAAUCCAUCAAGCUGCUCUUUAAAACACAAAUGUUCUUAUCUGCCUCACCCUUGGCCUUCCCAGACGGCUGUCUUCUCCCGAGCUCCGUUGGGUAAUCUCCACAAAUAUGUCUGUGCAAAAUAAUGAUGGAGUCUUUCAAAGUUGAGGGCUGUUUCUUUCUUCCUGUCAGCUUUACAAAGAUUUUGCUCACUUAUCAUGAGACCAGAAGAGGGAACAAGAGAGACAGCCCUGGGAUGUGGAGGUGCUGGGAGAGAGAGAGAGAGAGAGAGGGAGACGCAGCUGACGCCUGGCCCGGUGGCUGGGUCUGUCUGUCUGUCCGGGAUCCUUUGCCGUUUUUAACCAUACAGUGGUUAGGGUAGCCUGACCGGUGGCAGCUAUUCUUGACCAUCCCUUUCUCCUGAUAGAAAUAAGUUGUUGAUAAUAAUAACCUUGGGGGGAAAACAUGCAGCACACUGGCAAUAUAAUGGAAUACGAUCAGCAGAAGGAAGAAAGGUAACCAGAAGGCUGAAGCUCUAGGCCCUGGUUUCCCCUAGAAUCACGUUUGUGCUUUGCCUGGUGGUUUGGGAAGCCAAGGUGCAUUAUGUUCUAGCCAGUGACAUGGGCAUUAUGGUCUUACCUGUCUUUACCUAGCCAGGUGUGAUAGCUCCCGAUAGAUGGGAAUUUGAGGCAUCCACUCCAGCUGAGCCAACAAGUGGCUUCUUCCCUGUGCUUAAUCGCUCGCUCAGGAAAUCUGCCGUAGCCUGUAGUAAGAAAGCCUCUGCCCCUUUCCCGUCAGUCCUCUUCUUACCUAGGAAGUUCAUGAACCACACCGGAUAUAUCCCCAGGAGAUAACAUGCCAUCGUUCCUGGGAGUCCCCGGUUCAGAUCUUUCCAGGGCGACACCUGUUGGCUUUAGGUAGGCUCCUGUAGCUCAGCCACCCCAGAUAAUAAUGCUUCCAUUAUGAAGCUAUUGUAAGAUUAUUCAUGUGCAGCACCUUGAAGAAGCAAAGCAGUUAUUCGUUAUCCUCUUUCCAGAAGAGUAGCUACCAUAGUCUGUCACAGUACACAGAACAAGGACCUAAAUCCAGUUGCUAGUUCCAGCUAGUUUAGACUCAUGGUGGCCAGAAAGUUAUAGGGCGGGUCGUUCUGAGAGCUUUCGUUCACGGACGCCACAUGUUCUGCCUCCGGAGUCAGUUCCUGGCACCUCCAUGGGAAAGGAUCUUUGGGUAAGAUGCCCGAGGCCUUGGAAAGCAGUGCUGGCUGGAGGAGGUGGUCAUGGGACGUGGUCUGGCUGGACCCUUGGCAGCUUCCUGUGCUGCAUCUCAGUUUCAGAGUGAUUUGGAACAAAUAAUGCAAGGCUGACCAGAACUCUCUCUCUCUCUCUCGUUUUCUUUC